AGGCUCCGCCCACUCCUGCUGCGGCGCCAAAUACAGUUCCCGUCCUGUCAUUGUGCGGCCAUGGUGCAGAUGCGGGUGUGCAGGGACACCCAGGGGCAGCCAGACGAUUGGCUGCUUAUGGAGCUACAGGGCCAGAUAGAAGCCCGGAAACAGGACGGAUUAGCUGGAAAACUGAUGGGAGAUUUGCAGUACACAAAAGAGGGCGUCCCUAUUCUUAUUAUUGGACACCACAUCCUAUAUGGGAAGGUUGUAAAGCUGGAGAAGCCAUUCGCUGUCCUAGUGAAAAGCAGCAGAGCCUCAUCCGAGGAGACCGAGACCCCAACAGAUGCGGCCGAGACACAGUACAAUGUGACUGCGCUGAUCAAGAGGAAGAUCAUCUUCAAGACACGGCCCAAGCCAAUCAUUACCAACGUCCCCAAGAAGGUGUGACGAGCAGAGACCGGGCCUUUCUCUAAGGAUGAGCCAGCCGGGAAAAGCCACUUACAGGGGCGCCCAGCGCAUUUCGCAGCACUGGGUGGAUGGAUGGGUACAGCACCGAGUCAGAAGUGGGCAAUAUAAUGCACACCGCAGUACUCUAGGGGCAUCCAGUCCAAGAUGUUAUAAUAGGAAUUCUAUUUCUCAUGUGCACUGGUCCCUGGAGAUCUGAGAUUUAUCAGGCAUUGAAUAUUCAUGUUAACGAAAAUUCAUUUCUUAUUCUUUUCAUCUGGCUUUAUUGUUAGCAUCAGACAUUUGUGUAUAACGUGACGUUUAUAUUUUACUGUGUGUUGAUAUACGGAGCCCCCAUUGGCGGCCACAGACGCGUGUCCCAGACCCUUGUUUGGUUGGGAGGAAGCAAAGUAUUGAUUUUAAUCAGUGCUGUUUCACAAGAUGAUAAAAUAAAAGACCAGCCCUGCGGUGAUUGACAGUG